AUGUCGUCUUCUGUCGGUCUGUCGUUGUUGAAAGCUUUUGGCGGUGGCCGGAGCGAAGACCUUGAAACUUUUCUGGCAAAAUUUAAAGUUGUUGCCGAAAUACAAGGAUGGCAGACGAAGGAGAAGCGAGCUGAAUACUUACCACUAUUCUUGGACAAGGAUGCUUUUACAGUAUGGUCUCAGUUAGAUGAUUCGUCGCGGAAGGACGAUACAUUGAUUUAUGAGCAGUUGCGUUCUGCAUUUGGCAGCACGAAGGAGGAAGCAUAUGUCAAAUUUGUGCGUCGUCAGCUUAGAACUGAUGAGACUGUCGAUGUUUAUAUGGCGGAUCUGCGACGACUGUUGCGGUGCAGUGGCCAUACAGAGGUCAGUGAGGACCCUGUGCUAAAACAGCAGUUCCUGUCCGGAUUACCUGUGGAGUUUGCCGGACAGAUUCGUUUGCAGAACGCGGCGAGCUCAUUGAAGAUUCGCCAGUGUGCGGAUCAGGUGAAGGCAUUACGGUCUGCGCAACGAGUGACGCGCCAGUUUCCAAGUUCUGUAUCAGCAGCUGCCAGCAGUAGUAACAAGGGAUCCUCGUCUACUGCUGUUCCAUCCAGUGUAUUGUGUUUUCACUGCAAGCAGUCUGGGCACAAACGUAGUUUAUGUCCCCAAUUGAAGGGCAAGUGCUUUCACUGUAAAGAGAAGGGACACAUGCUGGCGAACUGCCCCAAGCGUAGCAAGCAAUCGACCAGCGCGGCCAAGUCAGGAGCUGACACUGGUGUUUGUUUAGCCGUGACUGCCACAUCGUCCCCGUGUAGCUUGCCGCGCAUUUAUGUGGACGCACGGCAGAGUGAGGCUGAUGAUGUGCAUCGGUUGUCAGCAGCUGUAGACUCCUGCUCCAGCAACUCUCUGAUUGCAGCGUCAGCAGCGUCGGCCAUGGACCUGCACAUCAUGUCUGAUGCCACUCAAAUUGUGGAUGUUAGUGGUAAGGCAGUGCAGAUACUGGGACGUGUUUGUGUUGAAGUCGAGCGUAGCGAUGAAGCUGUUGAGCUGCCGCUGACGAAGGCCGACUUUCUUGUAGUCGAGCACCUGUCGUCAGUCAUGGCAGACAUGAUAAUCGGCUUGAAUAUCAUUUCGGUUCACCAAGGUGUACACUUGGAGUACAGCGACGUGGACAAUGUGCUGUGUGGUGUGCGCUUUGGUCCGCAGCAAUCUGAUCUACCGACACUGUCGACUGCUCCAGCAGCUGCUGCCAACAAGCUGUCCCGUCAUGUCGGUGUCACGCAAGACGAGAACGUUGUGCGCCUUAGUAUGGACGACGGUGAAGCUGUCUUUGACCCGCAGCGUGGCUAUUGGGAAGUCGAGUGGAAAUGGAAAGGCGGACAGCAACCUACUUCUUCCAUCGGCAGUGGACUUGGCGAGUAUUCCCGUGGGAAGUUGACGCCAUCGCAAGAGCAGAAGUUUCGUGACGAAGUCGCCAUGUGGAUUGACCGUGGCUUCAUGGUGCCUCACGACCCUGCUAUCCAUGGUGAGCCAGCUGCUGUGUUGCCCCUGCUAGCGACCUGCCAAGAACACAAGACGUCGACACCGGUCAGGCCCUGUCUGGAUUUCCGUCUUCUCAACAAUCACAUAUUGUCUCAUCCUGGCAAUGACGUUCCGGUCUGUGGUGAGAAGUUGAGAGAUUGGCGUUCCAAGAGUACGGAGCUGUCAGUAGUGGAUAUCCGGAAAGCGUACUUGAACGUCCGACUGCAUCCAAGUCUGUUCCCGUAUCAGACCAUCGUGUGGCAGGGAAAGACUUACUGCAUGGAGCGGAUGGCCUUUGGUCUUAGUGUGGCGCCAAAGCUGAUGGAUGCUAUUGUGAAAUACUCCAUCCGUGAGUUUCCCGAUGCUGAUAACUUUAUCGACGACAUCAUUGUUCCGUCCGGGCAGUCAGAGUCUGUGUCUGCUUGCUUAGAGACCUACGGUCUGCCUACGAAGCCUGCUGUGAAGCUUCACGAAGCCACUGUCCUUGGUUUGAAGCUGUCAUCUGCUAGUGACGGAGUGCGCUGGCAACGGCGCGACAUCACAGACAUCGAAGCACCACAGUUGGCAACCAAGCGGAAUGUAUUUCAGUGGUGUGGGAAGCUGACCAGCCACUACCCCGUCUGCUCAUGGCUGAGACCGCUGUGUUCAUGGUUGAAGCGGCUCGCAUCGUUGGUUCGUGGUUGGGAUGAACCGCUGCCAGAGGAGCUGACUCGGCUGUGCCAAGAAGCUAUGGUGCGCGUGCUGGCGGAGGACCCAGUGCGAGGUGUUUGGAACAUCCCAACUGCUGCCACCUGGAGCGUGUGGUGUGACGCUUCGGAUAUUGCAACCGGUGUCGCUAUUGGUGUUGGUGACCAGAUCGUGGAAGACCAAGCGUGGUUACGGAAGCCGAACGACCGUCGUCACAUCAAUAUUGCCGAGCUGGAUGCUGCUAUCCAGGGUCUUGCACUUGCGUCCAAGUGGAAUGUGCAGAAUCUCGUUUUGCACACUGAUUCGAAAACCGUCUAUGGCUGGCUGACGUCACUGCUUGAUAAUUUGAAGCGUGUGAAAGUCAGCGGAUUGCAGCAAGUUCUUGUUGAACGUCGUUUGCAGAUCAUUGAAGACCUGGUCGCUACAUCGGACAUGAUUGUCAAAGUAGUGUGGGUUCCGUCGAAGCAGAACCUGGCGGAUCAACUGACCCACGUGCCCGAGCGGUACAUGCGGUACUGGAAGCAGCAGCAGCAGCGUGAGACCGACGCAUCGGCGGAUAGUGUUGCCACUGUCGCUACAGCUGCCGCGAUUUCGACCAGUCCUGUCCCGUUAGCUGAGAUAGCUGCUGCACAGAAGAACGAUCCAGUUAUUGCGCGUGUCGUUGCGCAGUUGACUGCUGGUGAAGAUGUCUCUGUUGAUGCGUACUGCAAGGUCAAGUCUCAACUGUCCGUAGUUGAUGGCGUAUUGAUCCGUACGGUCAAGCUUCCUGUGAAUGAAGAAGUGUCUGUGCCUGUUAUUCCGUCGUCUUUACAUGAGCGUGUAUUAGUGGCUGUUCAUCGUGUCACUGGCCAUGCUGGAUGGGAAACCAUGUGGCAAUUUCUGCGUUCGCAUUGUUUCAUGCCGAACAUGUCGUCAUUGUGUCAGCAGUUCGUCAAGGCGUGCGGUCAAUGCCAAGCAGCGAAUCCUCGUCGUGGCCCUCGUGCCCCGCCAGCGCGUGCUGUGAUUCCGUCCCAUCCGUGGGAAGUCGUGCAGAUUGACACUUUAGAACUAGGUGGAGAUGAUCGAUUUCACUGCGUUCUAGUGUGUGUGGAUAUGUUCACCAAAUAUGCCGAAGUCAUCCCGUUACGUCACCAUGAUGGUGCUAGUGUGGCGCAAGCUGUUGUGUCUGUGUGCUGUCGCUGGGGACCGCCCCGUGUAAUUCGAUGCGAUAAUGGAACAGAGUUUGUUAACGUCAUCGUGGAAGCCCUAUUCACCAAGUUUGGUGUUACCGUAUGUCAUGGAGCUGUUAGGCACCCUCAAUCGCAGGGAGCAGCCGAGCGGUUCAACCGCACGCUACUUACCUUGAUUCGGAAAGUACUGCGAGAGUCAAGAGAUUGGCGUUCUGAUCUCGAUCUGCUGCUACACCAUUACCGAGUACGGCCGCAUUCAGUAACUGGCAUUUCGCCAAUGAAAGCCAUGUGUGGUUGGCAGCCGACCAAUGUGAUUGUGGAGUCUGAGCAGCCGAGCAUGUCAUCCAGUGCGUGGGUAGACCAUUUGCAACAACGUAGCGCGCAGAUCCGUGACCACAUCGAGAUGGAAUUGUCGAAGGAAGAUCCUGUACCGAGCGAUGCCUUUGAAUGUCCAUACAGUAUCGACACACCAGUUAUGCUCUGUCGCCCAACACGUCAUCAGAAGUGUCUUUCGCCGUACGAAGGUGGUUGGCUUAUUAAAUCUGUCAUUUCGCCAUCUACUGUUGUCAUUAUUCGUACAGAUGGUUCUGGCGAAAAGGUUAUCAAUAUUGAUUUAUUAAAGUAUGAUCCUGCUGCAGAUGUGUGCGCUGAUGACAGCUGUGCUAGUGUGCCUGCAGAUAAUGAUUUGGAUGAUUGUGUUGUGCUGCUGCCUUUGCAUGAGCCUGCUGUUGUGCAGCCUGGCCCUGUUUUGCGCAACCGAGCCGAUUUGCAGCAACCCGUGCGUUUUCGGUGA